UAAAGAUUCACAAAGCCACAAUCCAAUACUAUGGAAGACGGUGUAACAGAAGUUCAAAGCUUUCUUCCUCCUCAGAAUGUCGAUUCAGAAGAUGGAUCCAAAAGAGAAGAAAAAAACGAUGAAAAGGAAGAAGGGUUUGUCCCAGAAGCAGAGAAAUCAGUUGAAGAGGAUCUUGGUACAGAGCACUCUGGAAAAAACUUUGCUGCCAAAGAUGAAGCUAAAAACAGUGACAGUGGUGGCGGUGGCGGUGGAGGACUUAUUAACAACUUGAUCUCCUCCUUUAUCACUCCCUCGAGUCCAAGAACAGAGGAAGGUGGUGCUGUUGGAGAUGGUGAUGGUGGAGAAAGAGGAGGUGUUGAUAAUGGUGGAGAGGGAGGGAUCAUAAGCAAUCUGGUUUCUAAUUUCUUUCAUCGAAGUGACGGUGAGGAAGAUGUGGUGGAAUCUGAGAAAGAAAAGGAAGAGGAGGAAAUCUUGGUUGAUGGAAAAAUCAAACGGCAGAAGACACAGGAUUUUGAGGAUGCUAAUGGUGGUGGCGGUGGAGGCAUCAUUCAUAACUUAGUUUCUCAUUUACCUGCUUCACUUCCAGAUGAUGCGGUUCCCACAGCAGAUGAGGCCAUUAUUUUAAUUAACGCUCUUGUUCGUGACUAAGCUUUAGCAUUUCCCUCCACUCACCAAUAUUGGGAUUCUUUUGCACUGCAUGUGCAAUCUAUUAAUUCUGAGCACAGGUGCUUGAAAUUUGUAAUGCCUUGUACACCGGAGUAAUGAUAUAUACACACCUCAUUUUUUAAACA